UCAGUGGAUGUGCUGUCCUGUGGCCAUGGGUUCUGAUCACACAAGGUUCCUGUUUGCUUCCAUCGCUCAACAGUGUACACUAGUGAUGCUUAAAAUGGCAUUUAAAAAAUAUACGUGGUGGUGUUGAAUUUCAGGUCCAGUGCCUCAUAUUGCAGGCGAGUGACUACUCCUGAGCCACAGUGAUGCUUGUGGCUCAUAAGUUGUUCUUAAACGAAAAGUAGAAAACCCACUUGGUCACUCUUUGAUAAAGAAGAGGAAAUCGCGUUUAGGGUUUUGUUUUCUUCACGAAAAGGACGCAGCAUGUGAGGAGACAGCUCAGUCAGAAAGUUCUUGUUCUGCAAGCAUGAGGGUCUGAGUUCAAGAUCCAGAACCCAUAUAGAAGGCUGGCCACAGUGUUCUUCUAACACAGCCCGAGGCAGGUGGAGCCAGUCAGCAGGUAAGCCCUGUGCUAGUGAGAGUCUGCCUCAGAAAACGGCGAAAGACACCCGAGGAGGAUAUCUAGGGCUGUCCUCUGGCCUCCACACAGAUUUGCACAUCCACACACACAUACACACAAAGAACAUCACCUACGCAUUGUCUCCAGUAGAGGCUGGUCUUGCUCCUGCACUUGGGAAGUAAUGUCACUAAGUGGUUAUAGAAUGCCAUGUUAUGGCCGUCACUGAAGGGUCAGAUAUUCAUUGACUCCUUAGAGAAUGGUUAGGAGCAAGUUGUAAAGUGUUCAACCCUCUGGGGACAGAGUUGAGCUGGAUGUGGUUUAGCAAUUUCAUAGAAACUUCCAUAAGAGCUGUCUGGACAGGCAUAGUGCCUCACACCUGUAUCACUCUGAAGGCAGAAGUGAGAGAAGAGUGACUCGGCCUGCCCUUGCCUACAUGGCCAGACUCUCAGGACAGAGGGAGGUUGUUUUGUUUUAUAAUCAGGAGACAUUAUAUAUUAUCAUUGAGUCCCUCUUGACCUGAAGAGACAUGGGUUAUCUUACACCAAAGCAUGUGUAGCCAGUGAAGAACUAUUUGAAGCUGUUAAAGUAAAUGUCAAAUGGGAAACAGAGAUUCUUAAUCUCAGUUUUAAAUUGUAGAAUCGGUUUCAAGUUAUACAGUGUGGUAUGUGCGUGCCCAUGUGUGGGAAUAUACACACAAAACAUGAAUAAAUAAACUAAGAAAAAUAUAUUUGCAGCCAGAUGUGAUGGUACACACCUUUAAUUCCAGCACUUGGGAGGUUGAGACAGGCGGUUCUCUGUGAGUUUGAGGCCAGCCCAUUCUAUAUAGGGAGUUACAGGCCAGCCAGAGCAACAUAGUGAAACCCUAUCUCAAAAAAAUAAAAAAAAAAGUUGUUGCAAAGACACUUCUAGGCUCCCAAUUACUGAAUCUGUAAAGCUAAUGGUGUUUCAUCUGCUAACAUACGCAUGUGUGCACAGUUGUAAAUAAGAUGUAGUUAUCUGUCGGUAGUGGGAUUGUGGCUACUUUUUAUUCUUUAUAAUUUUCUGUUAUACUGAAAGUUUUCUGUCAAAAAAAAAAAGCAUUUAUGACCAGUAAAAACAGAGGCUUUUCUGGAACAGUCUUAUGAGGCACCCCAGAGAAGACGUGAGCACUCUAAACUUGGAUUGACAUCUCUGAGGCCGUGAAUGAGAGGCACACCCUGAGCAGGGCUGAGGGAAAGGAACAUGGGGUUUGCUUUUUUGUUUGUUUUGUUUUGUUUUUUGUUUUUUCCCCCUCCAGUGGAAGAAAAGUAUCCUGCUAAAGGAGAAAAUUUUUUAUUUAUUUAUUUGAUUAUUUUGAAACAGUGUCUUUGUAGACCAGGCUGCCCUAAAACUUCAGAUCUUCCUACCUCAGAACACCAGAUGCCAAGAUUAAGGUACCGCCACCAUGACUGGCCCUUAAUUACUUUUUUUUCUUUAUUUAUUAUGUAGACAGUAUUCUGUCUGCAUGUAUGCCUGCAGGUCAAAAGAGGGCGCCAAAUCUCACUACAGAUGGUUGUGAGCCACCAUAUGGUUGCUGGGAAUUGAACUCAGGACCUCUGGAAGAAUAGCCAGUGUUCUUAACCUCUGUGCCAUCUCUCCAGCCCUAAUUACUUUUUUUUUAAGUUAAAAAGUUACUAUUUUUGUGUAAGGAACAUGCCAUAGCACAUAUGUGGAAAAAGAGGACAAAGAUUAAUUUUCAGUUAGGCCUGUAUUGCUUGUCAUUUUCUAUUUUCUGUCUUUUAUUACUUAUAUGUUUGUUUAUAAACGUUUUUAUAAAACACUUAUUAUUCCUAACAUUGGUUUUGGUUUUUUCAGUUUUGCUGAAGUCCAGUCGUUAGCUGAAAUGACCUGCUGUGAUAGCACUUGUAAUGGCGGGGAACUCUGAAGAGGAAUGACAAAGAAGACUUACGUGGAAUCCAUACUUGAAGGCAUAAAACAGUGCAAACAAGAAAACUUAGAUAUCGAUGUUAGGUAUUUGAUGGCAAUCGACAGAAGAGGUGGCCUAACGGUAGCCAAGGAGACUGUUGAACUUGCUAAAGAGUUCUUCCUCUCUACUGAGGAUACAGUUCUUGGCCUUGACCUCAGUGGAGACCCUACUAUAGGACAAGCAAAAGACUUCUUGGAACCUCUUUUAGAAGCUAAAAGAGCAGGUCUGAAGUUGGCAUUGCAUCUUGCAGAGAUUCCAGAUAAGAAAAAAGAAACACAAAUGCUGCUGGAUUUGCUUCCUGACAGAAUCGGGCAUGGAACAUUCCUCAACUCCCCUGAGGGAGGCCCUAUGGGUCAUGUGGAUUUUGUGAGGCAACACCGGAUACCUCUGGAACUUUGUUUGACCUCAAACAUCAAAAGCCAGACAGUUCCAUCUUAUGACCAGCAUCACUUUGGAUUCUGGUACAGCAUUGCUCAUCCUUCUGUGAUCUGUACCGAUGACAAGGGUGUCUUUUCGACAAACCUUUCUCAAGAAUACCAACUGGCAGCAGAAACAUUUAAUUUGACCCCGUCUCAAAUGUGGGAUCUGUCUUAUGAAUCCAUCAGCUACAUCUUCGCUUCUGACAACACCAGAUCUGAACUGAGAAGUCAGUGGAAUCACCUGAAGCCCAAGGUGUUCCACUUUUAAGCUGGGAUGAGGUGAACUACUUUCGACUAUAUGUUGUAAACAAGAUCUGUCACAUCCACUCAGUGAACUAUCCACUACUUCCCUUGAAGCCAGGACCAAGUCUAUGUGGGAUCUUGACAUCAGUAAGUGCUCAGUUAAUAUCUUAGACUAAGAGCCCUGAGGCCUUACAUGCUUCACCACCAUGCUGCUUGCUGGAGGACUGGAGGGUCGUUAAAUCCCUCAUCCACUAGUAACUUUCUUUUUCAAUUAGCACUCUCUUCCCGUUACUGAUUGUUCAUCUUCAGGAAGACCUCUGUGUUUUGUUAGCUUUAAUCGGACCCGGCGAUUUCUUCUAACCCUUUCAGGUAUUAUUCCUCAAGACAGUUGAUCCCAGGCCACAUUGCACACCACAGCCAUUCAUGUGGGUGCCUUUUGUCAGGAGACCCCAUAGUGACAAAGCUAGAAUCUGGAUAGAGAAGGAUAGAACCUUCUCAUAAUAUCUUUAGAAAUAUAUAAAGGGGAUUGAAGUAAUUACUUCAGUUUAAGAAAAAGAAAGAAUUGCUGGCUCAAGGUGAGACAUAAGGCUGGAACUUCACUUUUAAAAUCAGCUUCUAUUCAGCUUUCAUUGUGGAAGCUGCCAGAACUUCUACAAUGCCAGGACUUGCUGAGAUCUUUCUAGUAAUAGUAGCAUUGUGGCUUCUAGGGUUCUUAGAUCUCCUAUAACCUCAUACCCACAGGCAUAGGCUUACAUAAAUACAUAUAUACCAUGACCACUUUAGCCAAAGACAAGGGACAACUAAGAUUGGCUCUACAUGGUAAGAAAAAUCUUUAACAGAUAACAGUUAAAGUCCUAGUUAGUUUUUUUGUUUGUUUGUUUUUUAACUUGACACAAACUAGAGUCAUUUGGGAAAAAGAACCCUAAACUGAGGAAAUGCUCCCACCAGAUUGGCCUAAUCAGUGCUUAAUCAGUUGGUUGCCCAUCCCACAGAGGGUGAUGCCACCCCAGGCAGGUGGUUUUGGGUGGAAUAGAAAGGAAAUGGAGCAGGCGACAAGGAGCAGGCCAGUAGGCAGCACUCUUCCGUUGCUCCAGUCCAGUUUCUGCCUCCACUUUCUAGGACGAUGGGCUACAAAUUAUAAGAAGAAAUAACCCCUUCUUCCUCAUGUUGCUUUUGGUCAUAGUGUUUUAUCACAGCAUUAAAAGCCCUGAAACAGUG